AUGAUGCAGCGUUCGUAUUCGACCACGGCUACCAGAGCUUGCAGGCUGGGAGAACAGCGCGUCGCCUCUAGAGUUCCUCGACUGGCAUCGAAAGUCGCACGAGCCACCGCCUCUUUGCUUCCCUCCGCAUCGAACCACCAACUGUCUUCGUCCAGCUUUGCGUCGGCUGAGACGUCCACAUCUCGACGCAGCAUCUCGGAGUCCUUCGGUCUGCUUGCCGGAUCAACCGCCGCCUCGCGCACGGGUCUUCUGCGAAAUCGUCACCUUUCCACGUGCUCCCAAUCACGGGGAUUCUCCAGCACCUCUCCAGCUCGAGACUUGAAGCAGGAUGCAGCGGAAAAGAUCGUAGAGCAAGGCAAGAAGUAUGCCAAGUCGAAGCUCGAUUCUAGGAUCAACACGGAUCAGGUUAUGGAGCAAGCACAGAAGCUUUCCGCCAGCAAGACUGGAGAGGACUUUGCAGAGCAAGGGGCAAAGUUUGCAAAGGAUACGCUGAGCGAGGGAAUGAAGGGUGGGGCUAAGAGUCUCGCUGCUACGACGAGUAGGAUCGUGUUUGCGCUACUGGCUGUUGCUGGCACAGCGUACCUGAUGAUCGGUGGAGAGACGCAUGCCGAGGAACAACGUGGUGCAGGGAAGAAGGAAGGCGGGCCCAAGUAUUCCAAGGAUCAAGUGAGCCUGCUCUGUCUCGUCGGACCUUCUCUCUCCGGCAAAACCACCCAAGCCAAACGACUCGUGAACCGCUUCAAGGAACUCGACGACAUCGUCCAGCCCAAGUCUUUCGACGAACUCCUCCACAUCAUCUCCGAACGUGCCAAGCCGGGCAAACGUACAUCGCUCGUCGUCGACAACUUCCCCACAACGCUAGAAGACGCCCAGAGGAUCGAAAAGGAGAUCGUACCCAUCUUCUGCUUCUCCUUCUACGAUCUUCCACUGAAGGAUUUUGAAAAACGUCUGCCCGACAAGAAGGAUAGCAAGGAAAAGGUGGAAGAGUUCAAGAGGUACACAGAAAAGCUGCAGCCGUUGGUGAAGCAGUACAGAGACCAGGGGAACAUCUACGAGAUCAGCGCGGACUGGGAGAGUGCAGAUGAGGUUUGGGAGCAGGUGGAGGCGAAGACGGAGCAGAUCCUGGAGCUGAGGGAGAGAGGUGAUCUGUAA